CCGGGAGCGCGAGCCGCGGCCGGCGCCGCUGCAGAGCCGAGCGAAUCCACAGCCCGGGCAGCAGGUGUUCCAGAAUAAUUUCUCUACUCCUCUGAACCGUGCAGUGACUUAAAACAGCAGGACAAAAUAAUUCGCACAGGCACCACAUUUGUAUGCCUUAUAGAACCCACGCUUGGACAUGCUGACAUCAGGCUUCAAGACAGCUGAGCCCCACUAGACACCCAAAAAACCCAUGGCUCUGGUUGCAUCUUUCAACAUGACCAGUCCGCAGCCUGCCACAGAAGGAGGAACUUCCGAAGUUGAGAUCAUCUCCCAACAAGUAGACGAAGAAACCAAGAGCAUUGCUCCCGUGCAGCUGGUGAACUUUGCCUAUCGGGACUUGCCCCUGGCUGCGGUUGACCUCUCCACGGUGGGCUCGCAGCUCCUGUCAAAUCUGGAUGAAGAUUACCAAAGAGAAGGGUCUACCUGGCUGAAGCCGUGCUGUGGGAAGAGAGCAGCCGUGUGGCAGGUAUUUUUGCUCAGUGCAAGUGUCAACAGUUUCCUGGUAGCCUGUGUAAUAUUGGUGGUGAUUCUCCUGACUCUGGAACUUCUAAUAGAUAUAAAGCUUCUCCAGUUUUCCAGUGCAUUCCAGUUUGCUGGCGUGAUACACUGGAUCAGUCUGGUCAUUCUCUCAGUGUUCUUCUCAGAGACUGUUCUUCGGAUAGUGGUGCUCGGGAUCUGGGAUUACAUUGAAAACAAAAUAGAGGUGUUUGAUGGGGCUGUGAUCAUCCUGUCCUUGGCCCCGAUGGUGGCGUCCACUGUGGCUAACGGGCCCAGGAGCCCCUGGGAUGCCAUCAGCCUCAUCAUCAUGCUCCGGAUCUGGCGGGUGAAGAGGGUCAUCGAUGCCUACGUCCUGCCUGUGAAGGUGGAGAUGGAGAUGGUCAUCCAGCAGUACGAGAAGGCCAAGGUCAUCCAGGACGAGCAGCUGGAGAGACUGACGCAGAUCUGUCAGGAGCAAGGGUUUGAGAUCCGGCAGCUGCGGGCGCACCUGGCGCAGCAGGACUUAGACCUGGCGGCCGAGCGCGAGGCGGCGCUGCAGGCCCCUCACGUGCUCAGCCAGCCGCGCAGCCGCUACAAGGUGGUGGAGGCCGGUACGUGGGCCGAGGAGACCGCGGAUGAGAGCGUCGUGGAGGAGCUGCAGCCCGUGCAAGAAGCUGCAGUGAAAGAUGACAUGAACAGCUACAUCAGCCAGUACUACAAUGGGCCCAGCAGUGACAGCGGUGUCCCAGAGCCAGCUGUGUGCGUGGUCACCACGGCGGCCAUAGACAUCCACCAGCCCAUCUCCUCUGACCUCUUUUCUGUCGAUGUGCCCCUGAAGCUUGGCAGCAAUGGUACCUGCGCCAGCGCCACCUCUGAGAGCGCCUCCCGCUCCGUCACCCAGGCACAAAGUGACAGCAGCCAGACGCUGGGCUCCUCCACGGACUGCAGCACUGCCCGCGAGGAGCCGUCCUCUGAGCCUAGCCCCUCCCCUCUGCCACUGCCGCCGCCACCUCAGCAGGAGACGGCAGAGGCCACAGUCCAGGACCUGUUGUCCUCCCUGUCAGAGGACCCCUGCCCAUCCCAGAGGGCCUUGGACCCAGCCUCCCUUGCCCGGCCCAGCACAGCGGGCUUGGCCCAAACCAGCCCCGAGCUGGAGCACAGGGUAAGUCUGUUCAACCAGAAGAACCAGGAGGGCUUCACUGUCUUUCAGAUCAAGCCUGUCAUCCAUUUCCAGCCUGCUGCACCUGUGCUGGAGGAGAAGUUCAGAUCUUUGGAAUCCAAAGAGCAAAAGUUGCACAGGGUCCCUGAAGCCUAGAGCCUCCGGGCAGGCUGGGAGGGAGCAGGGCAGCCAGCCAUCUCACGCUCUCCCAGGGCCCUGGAGGCUACCGGGGCCACACAAGGGGCCCAGGAGCCCUCCUGGCCUCCCUCAGGGUGCUGCCUGCCUCCAGGGAGGUGACGCCAGGCCAGGAGGCCACAUGCCUCAGACCUCAAAGCCCAGAGCUGGCGCCUCCUCUCACCCUGCUCAGGGGAGGGUGGUGCUCGUGGCUGGGGUUUUUUUAAACCACUUUUACAAAAACCAGCCUGUGGCCCAGCUUCAGCAGGGCAGAGUGCGGGGGCCAGCUCAGCCUCUUCCGUUGCCUUUGUUCCUGAUGCCCACCCCGGACCCCCGGGAACAGCACUGUGAGCAGGGGCUAUCCAGCCCCACCCCCAAGCCGUCUUUUCCAGGAAUCCUGGGUGGAGCCAACACAAUCACACACAGACCACCAUCUGAGCCUAUUUCAUUUGUCCUCAUUCUCUCAUUUAGGCAUGAGCAUUUCUGAGUCUUUUCAAGACAAAUCUAGUUUUCACCUUCACAGGACAUAAAGGGAUGGAUCUGAAGGUGGGUGGGAGGGUUAGGGGGGUGGGGGGACAGCCAUUUUCCAAUCUUGGCUUUAAUAAUAAAAACCACCUGCACUGA